CGGGGGACUGCCAAGCCUUCUCAGAGGGCCCGCCCCUUCUCACUGCGCCCUGGGCCGGCCGCCGAUGCACGCUGCGCCUGCUCAUCCCACAGGACGGCCCUGCGAGGGGCUGGGCGGCAGCGCCACGGUGGCGCCGCGGCGCCUCGUCGCCCAGGAGGAGGAGGAGGAGGAGGGGGAGGAGGAGGAGGAGGAGGAGAGAGGAUGGAGGAGGAGAGAGGAGGAAUCUUAUCAUUCCUAUAUGCGCCUGCUGGGGGGCUAUGGUACAUGUACCCCCCACGCGUAUGCACGAGCGCAGGAAGGCCACCCCGCUGUAUUCCAAGCCAGGAUACCUCUCCUCGCAUCUCUGCUCGCGCGGGAGGUCUGGUAGGCACUCGCUGAAUGCCUCCCCAGUGGAAGUGUGUCGAACGCCUGGGAAAUACGCGCCAGAUACAUCCACCGCGGACAGCGGCCAAUAAAAGCGUGCUCGCGGAAUCAGCGCCGAUCAGCGUGUCGCCCGCCGCGUACC